AUGGCUGCCGCGUACCAGAACCAGUCGCAGCCCAUCUUCCCUGACAGCUAUGUCGGUUUCGACAGCAUCACCAAGCAGAUUGAGCGCAAGUCAAUCAAGCGGGGCUUCCAGUUCAAUGUCAUCUGUGUUGGCCAGACGGGUCUGGGCAAGUCGACCCUCAUCAACACGCUCUUCGCCUCGCACCUUAUGGACAGCAAGGGCCGCUUCCAGCCCGACGAGGAGGUCCGCAGCACUACCACCAUCCACCCCGUCUCACACAUCAUCGAGGAAAACGGCGUGCGUCUCCGCCUCAACAUCGUCGACACCCCCGGCUACGGCGACCUGAUCAACAACGAACGCUGCUGGGACCCCAUUGUCAAGUACAUCAAGGACCAGCACAGCGCCUACCUCCGCAAGGAGCUCACCGCUCAGCGUGAGAGGUACCUCCAGGACACGCGUAUCCACUGCUGCUUGUUCUUCAUCCAGCCAUCUGGUCACGCCCUGAAGCCCAUUGACAUUGUUGUCCUCAAGAAGCUGAGCGAGUUUGUCAACGUCGUGCCCGUCAUUGCCAAGAGUGACAGCUUGACGCUGGAGGAGCGUGCCGAGUUCAAGCACAGGAUAAAGGAGGAGUUCCAGUUCCACAACCUGCGCAUGUACCCCUACGACAACGAGGAGGAUGACAGCGAGGAAGUCCAGGCAAAGCAGGCCAUCAAGGAGCUCUUGCCCUUUGCCGUUGUCGGUUCCGAGAGGACUGUUGUUGUUAAUGGCAAGAACGUCCGUGGCCGCCAGAACAAGUGGGGUAUUAUCAAUGUCGAGGACGAGAACCACUGCGAAUUCGUAUACCUCCGCAACUUCCUUACCCGCACCCACUUGCAAGACCUGAUCGAGACGACCGCACAAAUCCACUACGAAUCGUUCCGUGCUAAGCAGCUGCUUGCGCUCAAGGAGAGCAGUGCCCACGGAGGCCACUCCUCGCGCCCCAUCUCACCUGCCGCUGAUCGCGAGCUUAGCAGGAGCAGCCAGCGCAUGACCAUGAACGGGUACUAG